AUUAUCAUUAGCCGGGUCCACACCGGACGAUCCAUCGCGCUCCGAUCGCGCGCGGCAGCAGCGCGAUCCAAAGAUGCAGGCGGUGUAGACGUGCCGCGCGCGAUCCAUGCGCACGUAUUGGAGCGCGCGCUCCCUACCUCGCGCGAUCCGUGUGCGGUCGGUUUUUGUGCCAGCAUCAAAGGUGCCUCAGUUGCGUGAUGCGCGCGGUGUGGACGGUUGUGUUGGUUCGCGCGAUCCACCUCGCCAUGGACAUCUCAGAAAGUCGCCGUUUGAUAUCGCUUUAUAAAGAAUUUAAAUGUUUAUGGGAUCCCAAAGAUUCUAAUUACACCAAUAGAGGUGUUAGAGAUGAUGCUUGGCGUCAGAUUUCUCGUGAAAUGGGGAAUAAGUCGAUCGAGAACCUAAAGAAAAAAAUGCGAUCUCUGGCGGGAGGCUACAGAAGGGAGAAAUACAGAGAGAAGCAAAGCCGUAUAACUGGAUCCGGUGCUCAAGAUACAUAUAAAUCAAAGUGGUUUGCGUAUGAUGACUUCGACUUUAUGGCGGAUAAAAAUGAACCCGGAACCACACGCGAUACAUUGGAACAUGUAGAAUCUGAUACGACUGAAGGGGUUAAUACUACAGUGAGCGAAAACGAGAACAGUAACAUUAGUAGUGACAUACAACCGGAGAGAGCCAACCACCACACAGAGCAGAGUAGAGAGCACAAUGAUCAGAAUGCACAAACCAGUGUCCAAACAACAAACAAAAGAACAAAAAAAAGAAAGAAAACUACUUCUAAUAAUGCAGAUGACAUAUCAGAUGAAACUCUUUCAGAGGCUUUCCAACUUCUGCAACAAUGUGCUCAGCCACCACAACCGGAAACUGAUUCUUACAUUGCUUUCGGGCAGUAUAUAUCUACUGAAUUGCGGAAAUAUGAUGCAGUAACAUUAGCUAAUGUCAAAAAUGCUAUAUGCCAAGUUAUUUUUCAAGCUGACACAGGAAGAUAUGGGGAUAGCAAUUAUGGAUAUUACACUAAUUCAUAUCCUGGCACACCAAUAGCAUCCACUUCAUCACAGUCCCAGUCUCUACAACCUCAAAAUUAUCCAGCUCCAAUUCCACAGACAUCACCGUCUGCUCAUCUAGCCUCCAAUUCAUCGCAGUCCCAGUUUGAGAAACCUCAGGAUUAUUCACUUCCACAGUCAUCACCGAAUUAAAUAAGUACCUACCUAUAUACCUAUAUCAUGUUUUCAAAAAAUAAUUAAUAAUUGUAAACAUGUUACUUCUUUAAAUUAUGAUUGUAAUACAAUACUUUUUUAUUGAGUAAUAAAGUAUGGUUUUACUUACCUUUACAUAAUCAUUUAACAGGUCAAUGAUGGCUUCACAAACUUCAGGAAUAAUUUUCGAUAUAGACUGUUUGGAAAUGCGGAACAGAUACUGCAAACUGACAUACGAAUCUCCAGUUGCUAAAAAUCUCAAUGUUAGUAAUAAUCUUUCCUUCACAGUAAUGGCAUCUCUAUAAUUUGUAUCAUUCUUUCUUAGCUUGUUAUUCAAUAAUGAACACAAUAUCUCAAAUUGAUUAGCAUUCAUUCUUGCAAAAUUGUGUUCAACUUUAUCUGACACUAACUCUGCGUACAGCUGAUUCCCAGAUUCCAAGCGAUUUUUGUAAAUUUGUUUCACCCAAAACCGUCGUUUUCUUUUUUGUGAUUUUUUGCGCAAGCAUUUAAGCAAAAUAAAAGUUACUGCUGCAACGGCAAGACGCCGCCGUUGUACGUGUGACUCCAUAUCGUACAAGAGUUAGACUGGCUGAAUCACGGAUCGCCUUAGGAUCGCUUGGAGCGCAUAUUUGGGAUCGCAAGUUUCCAAAAGUGGAUCGGCCUAACACGAUCCACGAUCCACGAUCCACGCUCCGCGAUCCUGGAUCGCGGAUCGCGGGAUCGAUGGAUCUUUUUUGGUGUAGA